AUGCAAACGGUGUGUGGCCCUGCUGACCAGUCCAAUGAGAACACGUGGAGGGCAGACAUAUCAGCAGACCGAAGACACGUCAAUGUGUUGUUAGAUUUAAGUGAGGAAGAGACCAAGAAAGACCUGCAACCACACGAGUAUCACUGUUCCCCGGGUUGGGAUGAAGCUGUGUGUGGCUGGAGAAGAGUCGCCCCAUAUGCCGGCCUAUUUCUGGCUGAGGACACUGGCCCCAGACCAAAGCACAAAGAUAUUGAGCAUGAUGCUUCCACAUCUGGAGAGUCAUACCCCAAACUCACUUUCCUCUGUUUGGGUCUGAAUAUGCACUGCACUGAGAAAGUCCUCAAAGUCAAAGUCUAUGGUGUUGUGUUGCUCCUGAACAGAGCUGAGACCAGCCCCACAUCCUUCUGA